AUGUCCGACGAAGGUGGCGAAAGCUGUGAAGAACUUCUCAAUUUGCUUCAUCAACGAAUGAUAUCUACCGGUGAAUGGUCUUCAACAUUGUCUCAAAUGCUUCGAAUGCUUGAAGAGAGCGGCUGGGAAACACAACUGCGGGAACAGGCUGAAAAAGAAGCACGCGCGCAAAAUUCGAUUCAAGUUGGAGCUUUGGUCGAUAAAUUAGGAGGCUACGCUCAUGACACCUUUCCGCGGACUGUGCGUGCGACUAUAUCAGCAAAAAUUCGAGACUACUUGGACCGAAACCUGGAAGAUGCAUAA